UGAGGGCGGCUCAUGCUUCACAAUUCACAUAUUCCACUUAUGUAUUGGACUCCUCUCCUUCUUCGGUCAAUGCAUCAAGGUGGCAACCACAAUCUCGAUCUGAAUUAGGGGAUGUCUCCUCCUUCACUUGGAAAUGGUUCCAAGGAGAAUGAGGGAUGCCUUCAGUUUCACUUUGACUCAUACAAUGUGCAAAAUGGAAGGGGUUCUAGGAUGGGGAACCAUGCACAUGCAACAUUAUCUAAUUCACCUUUCAAAGGACUAGUAAUGACGUCAGAGCGCCCCCCUUAUGGAAUGGUGUCUAUCCUAAUUUCAUUCCCAAUAAGCUUUAAAUGAAGCACUGAAGAAGGAAGAUGAAAGGCUCAAGAUUGCAACCGGAGAAGUAAUGACACGUGCUGGGGAAAAGCUCUAAAAAAGUGGGAUAAAAGGCCAUGGCUUCUGCGUGUACAUUGUGCUGUAAUGGAGAGGAGAGAAUUCCUUAUCAAAUACAAUGGAUAAGCUAAACAUAAAUCCUUUGAAAGAGACAGAAUUGAUCAUUUAUGGGGCUGAAUUCUACAAUGGCAACAAGACAUUUGUGUAUGGUGAUCUUUACCGGUGUAAUGUGGAAAAGCAGGAAUGGAAGUUAAUUACAAGCCCUAAUAGUCCACCUCCUUGUAGUGCUCAUCAAGCAGUUGCUUGGAAGAAUAAUCUCUAUAUCUUUGGUGGUGAGUUUACAUCCCCAAAUCAAGAGUGGUUCCAUCACUACAAGGACUUUUGGACGUUGGACCUGAAAACAAACCAAUGGGAACAGAUAAAUCUAAAAGGUUGCCCUAGUCCACGCUCAGGUCAUCGAAUGGUUUUAUACAAGCACAAGAUUAUCGUUUUCGGUGGAUUCUAUGACACUCUUAGAGAAGUGAGGUAUUAUAACGAUUUGUAUGUAUUUGACUUGGAUCAGUACAAGUGGCAAGAAGUAAAGCCUAGUCCUGGAUCCAUGUGGCCAAGUGCUCGUAGUUGUUUUCAGUUUUUUGUUAACCAAGAUGAGAUUUUCUUAUAUGGUGGCUAUUCCAAAGAAGUUUCAUCUGAUAAGAGCAGCUCUGAGAAAGGAAUUGUUCAUUCAGACAUGUGGUCACUUGAUCCUACAACUUGGGAAUGGAACAAGGUUAAGAAAAGUGGGAUGCCUCCUGGGUCUUGUGCUGGCUUUACCAUGUGUAUUCAUAAGAGGCGGGCCUUGCUAUUCGGUGGUGUGGUGGAUAUGGAAGUUCAAGGUGAUGUUAUAAUGAGCUUGUUUCUGAAUGAUCUUUAUGGCUUCCAGAUAGACAGCUGUCGGUGGUAUCCAUUGGAGCUAGGAAAGGAGAAGUCAACGAAAGAUAAGGCAUCGGAAUCUGAAUGGGUGGAAGCUGAGGAUGAAGAUGAUAGUGAAGAUGAUGAUGAGGAUGGCAACAGUGACAAGACUACUGAUGAUGAUGUUGAUGAUGUGGAGGUGCAUCAAAUUUUCCUCAUUCAGCAAAAGAUAGUUGUGUUGUUUUUGUAGUUUAGGCAUGCACCCUCUUUAACUUGUUAGCAGCAAGAUUGAACCCUUAGUUUUUCACUUCCCUUGCUCGAAAUUUCAAUAUUUGAAAACUUGUUUCCUGUUUUCUCCUUCCUUAUCUUCUUAAAACACAAAUUUUGAGUAUCCCUAAUUUCAUACUAAA